UCCGGGCGGCGGCGGCAGCGGCGGCGGCCGGGCCCGCGCCAUGAGCAUCGAGACGCUGCUGGAGGCGGCGCGGUUCCUGGAGUGGCAGGCGCAGCAGCAGCAGACCGCACGUGAGGAGAAUGAGAAGCAUGAGAAGCUCUGCCUGGAGAGGGAGCAGGAGCAGAAGAAGGCGGGCAAGGCCAGCGUGCCACGGGCCAACAGCGCCCUAUCCCCAGAGGAGCCCCGGAGCGAACUGCUGGUGCCCAUCUCCCCCCCGGGCCCAGUGCCCCCGCCGCCCCCGCCCCUGGCAGCUCCCAUUUCAGUCAUUCCCAUCCCUGUUGUCACCAGUUCCCCCCAGCAAGCAGCCCAGACCGCCCUGUCGCCGCCGCUUGUGCAGCGCCACCAGCCCCUCGUAAGCACUCCCAGCGUCCCGAAGGAAGCCCCGUCGGUGGCGCCGGUGAUCCAGCGGCCGCCGGGCCCGCACCUGCCGGAUGGGAAAGCUGCGACCCCGCCGUCGGGCAGCCCCAAGCAGCUCCAGCAUUACGCGGCGCCGGUGCUGGCCAUCUCCCAGCACCAUGUGGUCCCACAGCCCAUCCAGCCCCUGCAGCACCCAGGAGCGCCCGCGCCGCUCGGCGCUCUGAAGCUGGCGCCGGCAGACGACAUGAAACCCAUCGAGCUCAAGAAGAGAAUUGGAGGGGUUGGGACCAGGGAAGUACAUAAUAAAUUGGAGAAGAACAGACGUGCACAUUUGAAAGAGUGCUUUGAGACAUUAAAGCGCAACAUCCCCAACGUAGAUGAUAAGAAGACCUCAAACCUCAGUGUCCUCAGGAGUGCCUUGCGAUACAUCCAGACUUUAAAGAGGAAGGAGAAAGAGUACGAACACGAGAUGGAGCGGCUGGCGAGAGAGAAGAUCGCUACCCAGCAGCGGCUGGCAGAACUGAAGAACGAGUUGAGCCAGUGGAUGGAUGUCUUGGAGAUUGACAGAAUUAUUCGCCAGACAGUUCAGCCAGAGGAUGACCAGGCAUCUACCUCGACAGCAUCAGAGGGUGAAGACAACAUGGAUGAAGAUAUGGAAGAUGACAGGCCAGUGAACUCAUUACCAAAACUCACCCAGCGCCAGCACCCAGAGCUGCUGAAAACCGUCCCCCCCAAUGCUGCUCCCCCCCUCCCCACGGUCCUGCCCCCGCACGUGUCCAUCCAGCAGAAGCCCCACGCCCAGCCCCCCCUCCAGACACAAGCACUGGUCCCGCCGCAGGCGAUCGUCCCUGCACAGACUCACAUCGUGGCGGCCUCGACCGUGCAAUCGACUGUUAUCGCCCACACCGCCACCACCCACGCCUCGGUCAUCCAGACUGUCAACCACGUCAUUCAGGGUCCACAGACCAAGCACAUUGCUCACAUUGCACCUUCCACAUCCAGCCCCGUGCAACUCACCACUGCUGCUCAGCCCAUCGGCCACAUCACUGUGCACCCGGCCACCAUCAACCACAUGGCCCACCUGGGCCCGCAGCUGCCCAUCUACCCCCAGCCCGUGGCCGUCAGCCAGCCCGUCGUGAGCCACAUCGCUCACACCAUCUCGCACCAGCAAGUGAACGGCACCACGAGCCUGGGCCAGCCGGCCGUGAUGGCCAAGCCGGCCGUAGGAACCCAAGUUGUCCAUCACCCGCAGUUGGUUGGGCAGACGGUCCUAAACCCGGUGACUAUGGUGACCAUGCCGUCGUUCCCGGUGAGCACGCUGAAGCUGGCCUAGAGGGGACGGUCUGACAGCGAGGUCUUUGUUGGGAACCUUUCCUAAGGAAACUCCAUACAUUCCAACCACGUCCGACUUGGCGGGAGGGAGGCACAGGAAUGCCGAGAGUGGCCGGGCCGGGCUGUCCUGAGCCGCCCGGUGCCCAGCCUGCUGCCAGCGCCGGGACGGGGCCGCUCCGCGCUCGGAGUUGCUCAUCUGAGAAACUUCAAAGACAGUUGUUCAUGGUGAUUUUUUUUCCUUUUAUGUGUAAUGAGUGAACUAUGGAUAUGAUGUUCUUAAGACUUUAAUUUUGCCCUCUUACGUGUUGCUUCUUUGUAGAAUAAAAAUUGCUGAUCUCUUUAUCGAGACAUUGCGUAGAAUGGGAAAAAAAAAAUCAUAGAAGUCUAUAUUUAUAUAUAUGUGUGUAUGUGUGUGUAUAUAUAUGUAUAUACAUAUAUAUAUAAAUAUAACAUUUGAAGGCCUUUUGUAAGGUUGAUUAUUUUGCAGGAUUAUGAGACAAAAUUCAUUUUUGGAGGAAGAAGACAGAGUGUCCUCUCUAAACAAGAAACUAUAAGAUAGAUGGUUUGGUGGACCAGAGUACAGUGACAAAAAAACCCCAACAACAAACCACGAGUCAAACCAUGUUAAAGGUAUUUCCCAUCGAUAUAUUACAUUUCAAAAACCAUCUAAAAUCACUGUGACUUGUUAUGGCAUUUUAAGGAAAUUCUCUGUCCUGUCUAAUAAAAGGAAAAAGAAUACACAACCAGACUUGAUUUGUUGCCAUUUUAUAAAUGACUUGAUUUUUAUAGCUAUGUCAAAAAAAUACUGUUUUUUAUUAUUUUAAUGGUUGACAAUGCUUUGUUUGGAUGGUUUUGGGGGAAUUUGUAUUUUGUCUGGCUUGGUUUGCUGAUGCAAUAAUUGAUUUUUCAGAUCUCUGUGCAUGGCAUGGCCCAGGUCAGGGUCCCUCUUACCGGUCCAAGCCCCCCCAGGUCUCUCGGGUUUGUUGUUUGGCAGAGGCACGUGCUUUGUGCUGGCAGCUUGCAGGGCGUUUCUGUGGCCUGGUGGAUGGAACCUGGGACAAGAAGACCAAGAGAAAUGAGGUAGAUUUGCUGCAUGGGUUGAUGUUUGUUAGUUUGUUCUGUCCUGACCACGCUUUGGUGUGGGAGCCGGUGGGUUCGGAAAGGGAUAAAUGGGGAUGUGGUUCCCUUCCAGAGCGCAGGCAGUUCGAAUAGGUUUGUUCCCUUUGACAGGGAAACAAUCUUCCCUUAUGCAGGAUAAGGGUUUGCUGCAGGAGAUCAGUGAGAGCUCGUGUCUGACAGUGAGACGUGCACCAAAGAACCCUCAUCCCUCAGGACCCUCCUGUUCCCCCUUCCCGGUGGUUGGGGCAGACCUGUCUGAGGUCAGUGGCAAAUCUCAGAGAGCCAGGAGAGCAGGAAUGCUGUUUGGCUCUGCUGGUACCUGCCCGGGAGGCUGCUUAGGACAUGUUGAGCUGCUGGCUGAAUGUUCUGGUCCUUGCACUGUGUGCGUAGUUACUGCUGUAAAUGAUCUCCAUUCUGUCUUCCUCUUUUUAAAACAAGUAUUCCACAGUCCUUACUGCAGGCAAAAUGCUGCUGUAGCCAGCAGCUGUUCUCUUAGGGCAGGAUGGGAGGAUGGUCCCAGCAUGUGCCCUGGCGCUCUGGGAGAGGAGGAGGAGGUCAGGGCAGCUGAGCCAUCGCUCCUCACUCUGCGCCCGGCUGCAUCCAGCGUGGGGCGAGGUCUCCUGCAGGAGAACAGCAUCCAUACUCUGCCCAAAAGACCUGUUGACUCUAGCAGGACUUCAGCCUGUUGAGGACUGUUGUGAACAGCGUCAGGGGUUUAAUUGAGAACAUCUGCCUGUUCCAUACUGUCCCCAGUUAAAACUGAUCUGGAGGCAGGAGAAAUGACUGCAGAGUUCAGGGGUGAUUGUGCCUUCUGAGCAGGUGUCACUGGGAACUGUGUAAAGUCUGUUUAUAAAGCCCCAGUUACCACUUGUUUUAUUUUUCUUUCAUGUAUCCUUGAGUUCAGGAAGCUCUUGGCUGUGCUACCAGCACAGCUCCUGCAGAAUGGGCAAACCUUGAAGGAUUUCUUAUCCUAAAACCAUAUUUAAGCAGAUGGUUUUUCUCAUUCCAGUGCACCAGUAACACUGGGGGAUUCCCAGAAUUGCCAGGGCUUGGUUGUCCUUUGUCCCUGCAGGUGCUUUCCCAAGGAGGCCGUUGUGUGCUGGUAUUUGAGGUAGGGUUGGCUAUUGGGUCAGUUGCUCCUCAUCAGAAGCUCCUCAAGGCUGAGUAUGUGCAGCAGAAUCACCUCCCUUCCCAGGAGGGACUGUGUGGCUUUGCCUUCUGCAGUGGCAUCAGGAGGGGGAGGAUGUGUUUUUCUGCCUCUUUUUACUGUUCCAACUCACAAAAUAACAAAAUCUCCUCCGAGGAGAGAAGAAGGAGCUGGGUUGAGAAUGGGCUCAGUGCAGGAGCAUUGGCUGAGCCCCAGGGAGAUGAGCUUUCUGAUGGGUUAUUGAAUGGCCUGUGCUGUAUGGACAGGGCUGCUGCUGCUUUCAUCUUCUGCUCCCUUACAGUUUAGAGUGCAAAAAGUGGCCCUACUUUGCCCAGUCCUGUAUCUUGGCUAGUUUUUCUUUCCCUUGGGAGUUGUGCCAUGCUGUGUGUCUGAUCCCCUUCACAGGUGUUGGCCUCCCCAUUAGGAACAUCCCCCUUGGCCAGCCCCGUGAGCUGCUCCAGAUGUCUUAUGUACCCCUGUUCUCAUCUGCCUUUUACAGGGCUACCAGAAACAUUUCUUUGGGGUUUUUCUUUUCGUUUUUUAAAGUCAGCCAACUUUUCUCUAGUCUGUGGGAAGAAGAGCAGCCACAGCCCUUUCUUCUCCACCUCUGUUAUUCCUGCUCAGAACCUUUGGAUUUACACUGAUGUUUUUAGAAAUCCCGUUCAGUACUGUAUGAUAAGGGGCACUUUAGGAAUGUCUCUCCUCCUUUGAUACAUGUUUUCCCUAUGGAGAAAGCUAUAUAUAAAUAUAUAUGUACACUUGGGGAUUCAUAAGAUCUAAUUUGUCCCCCAAAAAAUCAAUAAAUAUGAAGUUUACAAGAAAUCUCUUCUGUUGUUGAAUAAUAUUAGUUAUUGGUAACCAUACCACAGAAACAAUAGAAAACGGAGUUUCUACAUUGUAGUUUGAGAGGGUUUUCUGUCCUGUCACACCUGGCUCAGAGCUUGUUUGUCAGUGGAGAUGGUUCUGCUGAGGGCAAGUGCCCUUGCAGCCCGCAUGCUCCGUGUCCCACUGCCGACAGCUGAGUGGUGCUCAGGAGCUGGACCCGUGCUUAGAGCUCAGCCAGCACGGCCAGGGGUGUUUGAAGCUGAGCAGAUCUGUGGGCACAGAACCCCGGGGAUGGCAGCGGUGCCGCAGGGAACCUCGUGCUGGCCCGGCUGGGCUGAGCCUGCCCGCGGCAGCCCCGGAGCCUGCCAAAGCCACUUCCAGCUCGCCUGCCAGGGAAGUGCAGGCAGAGGGCAAAGAACCCAAACUGCUACUUUAGAAUGAUCCUGAAAAGAGCUCUUAACGCUGACACUUUAGAUACAGGAAUGUAUUCCUGACCUCACCAGUAAAAAUUAGCCAGAUCUGCGUAGUUUAGCUUAGGAAGGGAAGUGAUCUGAUUUCCCAUGUUCUCUGCAGUUGCUUGAGUGGGAUCUGAGAGGCAGUGGUUGCAUGUCCCUGGGGGCAGCUGGUGACCCACAUCUCACAUGGGGAAAUAAGGGCUGGAGCCAAACUGCUGCCGUCGGGGUUUUUCUGCACACGCGUGUGUGUCCGUCUGUCUGUCCGUGCUGGGGCUGAGUGCUGGGUGUCAAAGGCCAGAGGGGCUCCCGUGUCACCACUGGGCCCCUGGCCACUGGCACGGCUGGGUUUUGGUUUCUUGAGCAGAGCUGGACAAAGGGGACGGCCCUUGGCAGAGGCCUCUGCUCUCCAGGCGCCCACAGCGUGUCCGGAGCGUUCAUCAUCCCACUGAGCUGGCUGCUGCCACUGCUGUUGGGCUCCUUGUCUUUUUUUUGUUUGUUUUAUUUCAAAGUGGCCUUCUGUAACAAAAGAACAAAAGAAACAAAAAAAAUGCCUUUGGGUGGUUUAGGUGGAGGUGAGGUGUCGCUGCUGUGUCGGUGUCGGUGUGGUUGUCCGUACGCACGCCUGGUAGAUUCCUGUAGACAUGCAAUGCAAGGCUUAUUGUGUCUGGUUUUCGUAUGUAGCCUGUGUCUCUUUGGACUGGUUUGCAUCCUGAGGGCGUUUUUUGCAUUUAAAGAAAAAAAAGUGAGAACUAUUCCAGUUUGGGUGGGCACAAGGGGCUCUGGGAGACCCCCCCAUGUGCCAGGGGUCAGAGGGAAGAUGUCCUUUGCCCCAUGUGAUGAUGUGGUCGGUGCUUGUUUGGCCCCUUUGCUUUCUGUGAUGGGUAUCAAGUGUCCCCAGCAGGGUGAGCAGCCUUGGCCAGAUGAAGCAGUUGACCUCUGCUUACCUGAGCAGGACUUUGGCUCAGCCUGUCUCAGUGUUCAGGCACUUGCUUAAUUAGCUUAGUUAGAUACGUGCCUGCUGUAGGGCUCUUGGAGCGUGCAUGGGGGUGGGCAGCUCUGAGCACUCGCAGGUGAGGCUCCUCUGAGACUUGGCAUGUUUUUUUCUGAACAGUUGUUCAUUUCAAUCUUAUUUUGAUUCUGAAAGCUAUGGGGGUGAGGAGAGGAAAACCCUCAUACUUAUUGCCUGUUUUCCAUCCCUUGUUACCAUUGGGGACAGAUUAAAAUGGAUUAUAACACUAUGUUUAGGUUAUUUCUUCCCUGAGUGAAACAUCAGUUGUUAGAAGUGGAUGUUUAGUGUUAAGGAAAAUAGGCUGUGGAUAGAAUCAGUCACGGCUUCCUUCUGUCCCUGUUACACAGAACUUGAUAAUCCAAACUUGAACUAUUAAAGUACCAGCCCGAGCCCAGCACUGGAUGGGUGCAGUCUUGGCAAAGGUUGUGUUUGGCUGUUCCCAGGCUGGCUCGCUCCUUGCCUGGGGCUGCUGAACAGCGAAGGAAGGCCCUGCUCACCUCCAUCCCUGCACUCUUGGUGUGGGGACAGGGCUGUUCUGUGCUGGGAUUUGGUGGGAAUGGGCCAUGGGAUGUCAUUGUGCUCCUCAUCAGGACGGCAUGGCUGGUUCUGCUCUAGCUCUGGAUGAGGCCCAUUGAUUCACCCUGUUCCUUGUGCUGUGAAUAGCAAUUUGAGUGUGAGGGAGCGCUGGUGCAGAAGUCACCACGGCUCGCCAGGGGAAUGCCCCAAACUCCCAGCCCAGCCGUCUCUGUUGUGAGAUUUUUCCUGGCUGGCUGGCAGGCAGGCAUGUCCUCCCUGAGAUUGUGUUGCUGUGGCCGGCACGGGCGCCCGCGCUGGCUGCGGUGCUGCCCCGGGCCGGCCAUCGGGAACGCUCCGGCCAGAGCCCGCGUGCUGCCAGCGGGAUCCCGGUGCGAAUGCCUUAUGGAUACGCCUUAACAACCUGAGCCAAAAGUGUGGUGGGGCUUGACAGAGCGAGAUACCAGGGACUGACUGCAACCACCCAAUGAUUUAUUGGCUUCUGGUCAGGCCCCAGCCUGGGCAUCGCUGGGUGAGGAGCUGUGGUGGGAGCAGGGACCCCCUGCUCUGUCACUGCAUGUGACCUCCCUCCCUCCUGCCUAAAGCAUUUAUUUAUUUAUUUUAUCUCGCUGUGCUCCCCGCGUUAGGAAUGUGUCACUGGAGCUGCUGAUUGUGAGCCCAGUCGUUGCCAUCGCUGGCCCGGAGCCCCCGUCCCUCCCCUGCACCUCACAGGAGCCCCCGCGUCGCGCUCACCUGGGCAGGUGCAGUCCGUGUUUACAGUGAGGACGUGUCACUGUGUUACCAAUUUACUGAAAUACUGAAUAUUGACAAACUAGACUGUAAAGAUUUUUAUGUGUUUGGAUACAUCUGCUAUGUGAAAAAGCAACUAAUUUUGUACAUAUUGUAUUUUUACUAUUCAGCUGUACAAUACUGGCUCUUCAUGCUCCAGAAUUUAGGUAUCCAACAUGAAUGAUAUCCAUGUAAUAAGCACUUGCCUGAAAUAAAUAUAAACCUGAAAUAAACAUGCACUGAAAUCGGAAA